CGGGCGCGGCGGCGGCGGAGCCCGGGGCGGGCGGCAGCGAGGGGGGCGAAGAUGGCGGACGUGCUCAGCGUCCUGCGACAGUACAACAUUCAGAAGAAGGAGAUUGUGGUGAAAGGGGACGAAGUGAUCUUCGGCGAGUUCUCCUGGCCCAAGAAUGUGAAGACCAACUACGUGGUUUGGGGGACUGGGAAGGAAGGCCAACCCAGAGAAUACUACACAUUGGACUCUAUCUUAUUUCUACUUAACAAUGUGCACCUAUCUCAUCCUGUUUAUGUCCGACGUGCAGCUACUGAAAAUAUUCCGGUGGUUAGAAGACCUGACCGAAAAGAUCUACUUGGAUAUCUCAAUGGUGAAGCAUCAACAUCGGCCAGUAUAGACAGAAGUGCCCCUCUAGAAAUAGGUCUGCAGAGAUCUACUCAAGUCAAACGAGCUGCAGAUGAAGUUUUGGCAGAAGCAAAAAAACCGCGAAUUGAGGAUGAAGAGUGUGUACGCCUUGAUAAAGAGAGAUUGGCUGCUCGUUUGGAGGGUCACAAAGAAGGGAUUGUACAGACUGAACAGAUCAGGUCUUUGUCUGAAGCUAUGUCAGUGGAAAAAAUUGCUGCAAUCAAAGCCAAAAUUAUGGCUAAGAAAAGAUCUACCAUCAAGACUGACUUGGAUGAUGAUAUAACUGCCCUAAAACAGAGGAGUUUUGUGGAUGCUGAAGUAGAUGUGACCCGAGAUAUUGUGAGCAGAGAAAGGGUGUGGAGGACUCGAACAACUAUCUUACAGAGCACAGGAAAGAAUUUUUCCAAGAAUAUCUUUGCAAUUCUUCAAUCAGUAAAAGCCAGAGAAGAAGGGCGGGCACCCGAACAGCGACCGGCCCCAAAUGCGGCACCUGUGGAUCCCACGUUGCGUACCAAGCAGCCUAUUCCAGCUGCCUACAACAGGUACGACCAGGAAAGAUUCAAAGGAAAAGAAGAAACGGAAGGCUUCAAAAUUGACACUAUGGGCACCUAUCAUGGUAUGACGCUGAAGUCUGUAACGGAGGGUGCCUCAGCCCGUAAGACGCAGACUCCUGCAGCACAACCGGUACCAAGACCAGUUUCUCAAGCCAGACCUCCCCCAAAUCAGAAGAAAGGAUCUCGAACACCCAUUAUCAUAAUUCCUGCAGCUACCACCUCUUUAAUAACCAUGCUUAAUGCAAAAGACCUUCUACAGGACCUGAAGUUUGUCCCAUCAGAUGAAAAGAAGAAGCAAGGCUGCCAACGAGAAAAUGAAACUCUAAUACAGAGAAGAAAAGACCAGAUGCAACCAGGGGGCACUGCAAUUAGUGUCACAGUUCCUUACAGAGUAGUAGACCAGCCCCUUAAACUAAUGCCUCAAGACUGGGACCGGGUUGUAGCAGUUUUUGUGCAAGGUCCUGCAUGGCAGUUCAAAGGUUGGCCGUGGCUUUUGCCUGAUGGAUCACCAGUCGACAUAUUUGCUAAAAUUAAAGCCUUCCAUCUCAAAUAUGAUGAAGUUCGUCUGGAUCCAAACGUUCAGAAAUGGGAUGUAACAGUAUUAGAACUCAGCUAUCACAAACGUCAUCUGGAUAGACCAGUUUUCUUACGAUUCUGGGAAACCCUGGAUAGGUACAUGGUAAAGCACAAAUCCCACUUGAGAUUCUGAAUUACUUGUUUUCCCGCUUUUCUGGAAAUCUGGAUUAAGAAGCAUGGAUACACCGUGAUCUAGAGACUGGGACUCAAGCUUUAUGAAUUUAUCAAGAACUUACAAAUGAAGAAGGUCACAGAUCGAUCUUUUAUAAAACCUUAUUUGAUGAUUUAUGCUUCAAAGGGAUGAUGCCUGUCAUAUAAGCAAACUUUUUGGCUUACAACUAUUUUUUUAAUAUUAGCCUUCUAGUCUGUAAUGGAAAUUGUAUAUUUUGAUAGAAUUUUUUCUCCAUUGGUUAAAUUAGCAUUACUUAAAAUUUGUUUCUUUAGAAAAUAAAUACAGGUUACAGAAGUGUGUAUAUGUAGAGGUUAUAGGCUCUCUAAGCCAUCUUGCUUCUGAUUUUUCAUUGCUCUAUAAUUCCUUUUAUUGAAAAUACUGUGUUAUGAAUGGUAUUAAUUUUAGUCUCUGGAACUUCCAAAACCAAGCAAAGGGAUGUGACUAUUUUGAAUGAAUCAAAAUGUCAGCCUGUAUGUGUACUAUAUCUGUACUUUCUCUUUAUUUAAAAAGGAAUAAUGAAAAAUCAAGAACAAUUCAUCACCUUUGGUUGAACUGUUCAGCUUUUCAAGACUUCUUUACUUACAAUGAAUACAUUUAAUGAAUGUACAUUCUUCUCACUGACUUUGGUAAUUUUAAAACUUAGAAUGAUAUAUUUCUAUCUGUGAUAUCUUUCCACUUGAAAAAUCUCAAAACACAGAUUAAAAACCUAAUAGGCUAUAUAGUACUUUUUAUUUUGGGAGCCAGAGUAUGAUUUGGGGGAAAGAAAUGUAUCAGUCCUACUGCAGUGUAACUCUGUCUUUUCUCAUAAGUCCACUUUGAUUCUUUGUAUGGUAUAGGAUUUUGAGUCUUCUAUUUCUAGGCAUGUUCUUAUCUUCCAUUAUCUUUAAAUAUUGAUAAACUCUCCCAGACACCAAAGAACAUAUUUGCUUAAUUAAGUGUCUGAACAGAAACAAGACAAAAACACUGGUAUUUUUAUGUGCGUAUUCAAUAUCAUAUAAAAUAUAAAACCUAUAUUUUAACUUAGUAAAAUAUUUUACUACUUCUGUACUUUAGACAGAGUGUUGCAUCCAAGGUACAACGAAUGAGCAUUUUUCUUGAGUCUUGAUCCAUCUUUUAUUACUUAAACGCAGCUUGGAACCUUUACUCCCCUAAAGAGUUUUUGCCACUAGAAUUGUUGCUGAUCAUUCAGUUUAUGUCAUUUCCCACCCCAGGAAUCUCCCGUAGGUUAACAUAUUUUAUGUAAACAUUUAGCUCCUUCUUAUGUUAAGCUGACAUUACCUGCCUCAUUUUGAAAUUUAAUGCUGUCGUAAAAAUGAGAAGCACUUAGUAUUUAUUUUUUAAGUAACCAAAAAAGUCCAUGCCAAUAAUGAACAGAAAAAGUAUUUAUUCAUAUGGAAUUCACUAGGUUCUUGAGGAAGAAAGCAGUCAGCGUUUUAAAUUUUUAGAUUUUAGGAUAUUUAUAAGGUUUGAACAGACUCUGCCCCCCACCCCUUUCUUCCCUUCUCUGCAUCCUCUCUUCUUGAAAAGAAAACUCAAAUUUGUUCACAUUAGAAUUUCUCAGCAUAUAAAUCUGUUUUCAAAAUAAAUUGUGUUGUAUAAACUUUCUCCGUGAUGAAAUAGUCAAGGACUAGAAUCUGUAAUAUUUUAAUGUAAGAUUACUUGUUAAGACUACUACAAGUGGACAUGAACUACCUUUCUAUAAAGAUUUUUAGUAUUUAUACUUAUGUAUGAAAUUUAUAGAGUGUGGUUAAAAUUGGGAACAUCUGCUUUAAACAGGGUUUAUUUUUCUAUCUUGAAUUUGCCUUACGUGUAUUCAGAGGCUCUGGAAAUAACAUUAGGAAAAGUACAAAUAUGCUGUUUCAUGUAUUUGAAAAUCAAACUCUUAGUAUGUACUUUUUGUCUUUUUCUUUUCCUUUUUUUUUGACCUUCAUUCCCUUAUUUAGGUCCAUGUAAUUCAUUUUAUAGCCAUUAAUUCUAAGGCAAAAAGCUUCCAGCCCAUCACUCUUCAUCCUCUCAUGGCUCCAGGUCCUGUAGCGGCACCUGUCACAGUGCCUUGCACACAGUAGGCAUUCAGUACAUAUUUAUGUGCACGAAUGAGUGAUGGAUUCUCAGUGUAACUGAUUUAUUACAAAAAAGUACUUUGACUCUACUUGGUCUUGGAGUUUAAAAAUACAGAAUUGUAAUUGUAAUUCCCUGUAGGGAAUGAAGAGUCCUAUGCAGAUAUUUUAAUGGAAAGGAAGUACGCAUUAAAGUUUGACUUAACCAUAAGUAACUGGAGACACCCUUCUCUUGUCCCACCAGUAAAAGAAAGCGCCUUUUCUUCAUUCAUAGGACACCUUUUCUGAGUCAGGCAACAGUAAGAAGCUUGUGGGUUUCAGUCAGCAGCUCUCAACCCUGACUGUACGUUAGAAUCAUUUGGGGGCCUUUAAAAAAUUCCGUUGCCUGAAUCCUGUUUCUGAUUUAAUUUGUAUGGUAUGAGACCUGUUCAUCAGUAUUUUUAAAAAGUUGUUCUUCAGGUAUUUUAUGUUCAGAAAGGAUCUAAAAUCACUGGCUCAAUUUGUUACGAAAACGAUGCCAGUAUUAAAUGUUGUGUCGUCUCCUCCUUUUUUUGUUUUUGUUUUUUUUUCUUUUGUGGCCACCUUUUGCACUAGACCAUCCCCAUUAUUGGUGGUAUUGGCCUAUAGUUCCACAAGACAAAUUCAAGUCUUAUUUAUUUAAUAUACGAAUAUUUUGCUGUUUAAUAUUUAAACAAUGUUUAAUAUAUUUCCUUAUAAACUAGUAUUAUAGUUUAUGGUUUGUUUCCCAUGUGUCCAUAUCCUUUACUAACUUUUUUUUUAACAGCAGCAUGACAACAGUCCAUACAGAAAUAACUAAUUCAUAAUGAGGAAAAUUUCAUAAUUUUUAAGGUAGAAGGAAAUAAAGUAUUAAUUUCUUAUCUGCCAUGCAGAAUUAGACAAAUAGAAUUUGCUUAUGAAAGGAAAGAGGCAUACUUUUUAAUUGGUCUACACAGAAAAGUAAAAGUAAAUUAUUCAUUUAAGAUUCAUUAUCUAAUAAACAUUGAAGGAAAUAUUUUUCCUAAAUAAAAAAUUUUGUGACUCCUAAUAAAAUGAAA